GACAUGUAAACAUGAAACCUAACCUAUAAUAGCAAUCAAUAAAACGAUUGCGUCUAUAUUUUUCUUCAGGAUUUAUUCUCAAUAUCUAAAUAUUAGGGACACUUAAGUUAUAGAUGCCUUAGCGGGUUUGCAGAGAAUUUUUAAUGGCUACAUUAACUGAAGAAAUGUUUACCAAAUUUGAAACGCAAGAAGAAUUACACAGGUUUCUUCAUAAUUGCGUCAAUGAGCUAAAGCUGCCACAUCAAGAGCCCGAAAGCGUAAUGAAUGCAGUUCAAUUUUUUUACCGUGAGAAGGCCAUAGACGGGAAAAAGCCUUUAGAAACCACCUUACCAGGGAAUCUUCAAAAUACAUUAGAUGCAGUUUUCCAAUUACGUUAUACAGAUAUUGUCAAUGCGAUUGUUCAUGAAAAGCUACAUGCGACUGGACAUCCCGUACUACAAAAUAUUGACUGGAAAGUAAAGUGGAUUUUGGGGUCUUCAAAGUUAGCCAGCAUACGAGAGCCGAUUUGUCAACUGGAACUUCUCUGCAUUACCAUGGGGAGCAACUUUAUACCAACCAGAACGUCCAUACAUUUUGAAUGCGACUUGGAGAAAUUGGAUCAACUGAUCAGCGUUCUUAAGAAAGUUAAAAGUAGCUUGAUUCAAAAUUAAUUAUAAAAAGUUUGAAUUGGAUAUUUCCAAUAAGAACCCGCAAGGAAAUGCAGCUUUAUUGUCUCCCGUGAGUAUUAUGAUUGCUCAUUCUUAAACUGUGCUUACUUAAAAGUAUUUUGGGUAAUAAGUUUCAACGAGCUUUGAUAUGUGAAUGUAGACUUUAAUGAGACUUGUGUACCUAAUUAAAAAGUUUUAAUGAUUAAAAAUCGACUAGUUUGUUGGCUAGAA